AUGUCUGCAGAGCCUGAUCACGCGGUCAAGAAGCCCAAGGUCAAUCUAAAUGAUGCCUCUGGCGCUGAACCAAAGAAUGACCUCGAUACCGCCACAGCUAUCCUCAAGAAAAAGAAGAAGCCAAAUUCCUUGAUCGUGACUGAUGCCGUCAACGAUGAUAACUCGGUCAUUGCUCUCUCAAACAAUACCAUGGAGACAUUGCAGCUCUUCCGUGGUGACACUGUAACAGUCAAGGGCAAGAAGAGAAAGGAAACAGUCUUGAUCGUUCUUGCAGAUGACGAUCUUGAUGAUGGCAGUGCCAGAAUCAAUCGAGUUGUUCGCCACAACCUGAGAGUCAAGCACGGCGACAUCGUCACGGUGCACGCGUGCCCAGACAUCAAAUAUGCGAAGCGAAUUGCUGUCCUACCUAUCGCAGACACGAUCGAAGGCCUCACUGGCUCACUCUUCGAGACAUUCCUUGCUCCAUACUUCCGUGAGGCAUACAGACCGGUCAAGCAAGGUGAUCUGUUCACAUGCCGUGCCGCCAUGAGACAAGUCGAAUUCAAAGUUGUCGAGGUAGAUCCUCCAGAGUCUGGCAUUGUCGCCCAAGACACAAUUAUUCACUGCGAGGGUGAGCCAAUCCAGCGUGAAGACGAAGAGGGUAACCUUAAUGAAGUCGGAUAUGACGAUAUCGGUGGUUGCAGAAAACAAAUGGCGCAGGUUCGUGAGUUGGUUGAGCUGCCACUACGACACCCCCAGCUGUUCAAGUCCAUCGGUAUCAAGCCUCCUCGAGGUAUCCUCAUGUUUGGACCUCCUGGUACUGGUAAGACACUUAUGGCUCGAGCUGUUGCGAACGAGACCGGUGCUUUCUUCUUCUUGAUCAAUGGCCCAGAAAUCAUGUCGAAGAUGGCUGGUGAAUCGGAAUCGAACCUACGAAAAGCCUUCGAAGAGGCUGAGAAGAACUCGCCUGCUAUCAUCUUCAUUGACGAAAUCGACUCUAUCGCACCAAAGCGAGAGAAGACCAACGGUGAAGUUGAGCGUCGUGUUGUCUCUCAACUCCUCACGCUCAUGGACGGCAUGAAAGCUCGUUCUAAUGUCGUGGUCAUGGCUGCCACUAACCGACCCAACUCAAUCGAUCCUGCCCUGCGACGAUAUGGCCGAUUCGAUCGAGAGGUUGAUAUUGGUAUUCCUGACCCUACCGGUCGUCUCGAGAUUCUUCAAAUCCACACCAAGAACAUGAAGUUAGGAGAUGACGUCGACCUCGAGAGCAUCGCCGCCGAGACACACGGUUAUGUCGGUUCAGAUAUUGCUUCCCUAUGCUCUGAAGCUGCUAUGCAGCAGAUUCGUGAGAAGAUGGAUCUCAUUGAUCUGGACGAGGACACGAUCGACGCAGAGGUGCUAGACUCGCUCGGUGUGACGAUGGAGAACUUCCGCUUUGCCCUUGGCAUCUCCAAUCCAUCUGCUCUCCGAGAAGUCGCAGUCGUCGAGGUUCCAAAUGUUCGAUGGGACGACAUUGGUGGUCUUGAGAACGUCAAGCAAGAACUCAUCGAGUCUGUACAAUACCCAGUCGAUCAUCCCGAGAAGUUCCUCAAGUUUGGCCUUUCGCCAUCCCGAGGUGUGCUAUUCUAUGGCCCACCAGGUACUGGUAAGACUAUGUUGGCAAAGGCUGUUGCCAACGAGUGUGCAGCCAACUUCAUUUCCGUCAAGGGUCCCGAGCUGCUCUCCAUGUGGUUCGGUGAGUCAGAGAGCAACAUCCGAGAUAUCUUCGACAAGGCUCGUGCUGCCGCACCUUGUGUGGUCUUCUUGGACGAGUUAGACUCCAUCGCCAAGUCCCGUGGUGGUUCUGUUGGUGAUGCUGGUGGUGCAUCGGAUCGAGUUGUCAACCAGCUGCUGACUGAGAUGGACGGUAUGACCUCGAAGAAGAACGUCUUCGUCAUCGGCGCUACCAACCGACCGGAACAGCUCGACAACGCGCUUUGCCGACCUGGCCGUCUAGAUACUUUGGUCUACGUUCCUCUACCAGAUGAGAAGUCCCGUGAAGGUAUUCUCAGAGCUCAACUCAGAAAGACACCAGUAUCGGAUGACGUAGACAUCAAGUAUAUUGCCAGCAAGACACACGGCUUCUCAGGUGCCGAUUUGGGCUUCGUGACCCAACGUGCCGUCAAGCUUGCUAUCAAGGAGGCCAUCUCUGCCGACAUCGAACGAACCAAGGAGCGCGAAGCUGCUGGUGAAGACAAUAUGGACACAGACGAGGCCGAAGACCCAGUACCAGAGCUUACCAAGCGACACUUCGAGGAAGCUAUGCAAGCUGCACGACGAUCCGUUACUGAUGUGGAGAUCCGAAGAUAUGAAGCAUUCGCUCAAGCGAUGAAACAGUCUGGUGGUAGUGCUUUCUUCAGAUUCCCAACUGAUGAGCAGACUGAGGCUGCUGCCAAUGGCAACGGUUUCGGUGACGCUGGCAACGAUGACAGCUUGUAUGAUUAG